AUGCAAGACUCUGUCUCUCUUACAGUAGCCUACCUUCUCGGCGGCCUCACCCUAUUCCCAGCUCUUUCGGUGGUGGCUCUGGUGGUUUUGUCAAUCCAGCGCAGAAAAUUGAUAGUCCCUUUAUUUCGCAGCUCUUCUGGUCUAGGCCCAACUCGCAAUGAGCAGACGGUCAUGGCAAGUGGACCAUUUUUCCAAACAGGUUGGGUCGAAGCUACUUCCAGUCCUCCACAAACUCCGUCUCUAACAAUCAAAUACAUGUUGAAGAAAUACCUCUUUAACAAUGAUAAUGAUCAUGAUAAACCCUCAAACAGCUCAUCUGACUAUAGCCAGCACUACUAUGCGGUACUAAAAUUCGACACCCUUUUUCUGUACGACUCGGAGCGGCAGCUCGAUUGUCGGCAAGUGUUUGUGAUCCACAAACACAGUGUGCGCAUGUACCCACCUGGCCUCAAGGACCACGAACUAUUUUCCCGUCCAACUCGUAUUCUUCUCACCCAUGACGGCAAGAGCCUGUACAUAAAUUGUAGUCGCAACGUCGACAAGGAGGAUUGGUACCUUGCGUUUGUCAAUGCCAGCAAACUUGACCACAAACCACACCGCACCUCACGCCGUCUCGACUCCACCAGAUUUGACCAGACGGCCAUGAACCAGCUCUUGGCCACAAUCCACAGCGAUGAACACCACUUCCAUACACAGUGGCUCAACUCCAUUCUUGGUCGGAUCUUCUUUGGGCUCUACAAAACCGACAGCCUAAAGACCUUUUUUCACGACAAGAUCUGUAAAAAAAUCGAAAAACUCAAUGCUCGCCGCCCACCUUUCCUCGACACCAUUCGAGUCCGUUCGGUCAACCCAGGACACGCCUUGCCUUACUUCACUCAGCCUCGCUUACUCAAUCUCAGUCCGGCUGGAGAAAUGACGAUGGAAGCAGACGUGGUCUACGGUGGUGGGUUCCGGUUCGACAUCGAAGCCGUCCUGCGCUGGAAGUACCUCGACCGCCUGCGCCCCUUGACGGUCAACAUUGUCCUGGCUAUGACCCUCAAACAAAUCAAGGGCAAGGUUCUCCUGAAGAUCAAGGAGCCUCCGACAAACCGCAUCUGGGUCGGAUUCUACGAAAUGCCAAAAAUGGAGUGGAUUGUCGAGCCUCUCGUCUGGGACAAAAGAGCAGGCUUUUCGGUUGUCGUCAAGGCAAUCGAGACCAAGAUCCAGGAAAUUAUUGCCGAGACGAUGGUUUUGCCUAACAUGGAUGAUUUUGUCUUUUUCCCCUCAAACAAUGAAGGCGGUCUGUUUGGGACUUGUAGAGGAUACAAUAAUACGCACGAUGAAAACGAUGAAGGCGAAGGCAAAGAUGAAGAUGAAGAUGGAGCCAACGUUAACAAUAGCACUAAUGGUGUAGUUCCUGUCGAUCAUUCGGAGCAAUUUACCCCAACAGAAGCAAUUGAGGAUCCCGAUAUCUCAACCUUUUCGGUCACUUCUGCCUUUAGUUUUAAUACUGCUAUUUCUAUUACUGGUAAUAGAAAUACUAAUGAUAAGUCUAAAACAGCAAAAACAGCCAGAAACACCCCCACCAAUACCAUGAUUGCUAAAAAUGAAACAAUCCCCAAAAAUAUAUUAAAUCACAAACAACAAAAGCAACAAUCACGUUUCAAGGAUGAAAGUCUCUGGCUAAUGCCCGAGAAGCACUUUUUCUCUGACCUCUUCUCGUCCACCCCUGAAAUGCAAACUCAAUACGAAUUCCUUGACCCUCGGCUUGUGCCUAAUGUCCCUUUUAAUCCUUCUAAACCACGCACCGCAGGCAGGGUACGCCGUUGGUUCAGUCUAUCAAAAGAAGGUGAUUCUGCAAAGCCCAGCGAGAAGUUUAACAAAGUACUUGCUGGCAAUAAACUUGAAAACGCCACAGCGACCAGUGCAUUGCCAAAGGAUCAUCCACUAUCUCCUAGAGAAGAUUUAUCUUCGACUGCAAGUAGUAUACACAUGUCUGAAGAUGGCAAAGACGGGCGAAUCGUUCUUCUGCCACACAAGAGAUCUUUUCAGGUUCCAAAGACAAUGGACAUCCACAUUGAAGCCGACAGUGGAAGUGUGGUUGCGUUUGCUCGCGAUGAAACCUUAGAACCCGAAUCUCCUCAGCAGAACACACGCCGUUUCCGAUCCAAAUCCGUUGCUCUCACUGUAACCACCCAAGUCAAUAUUUCUCGUAGGAUUUCGACCUUGGUAUCAUCCAAUGACAAUCUAGUUCCUGACAAAAACUAA